UACUAAUUUCAGAGAUCGCGACAAAACCGGCAAAUCAGCGAACGCCAGAAUGCCAUCCGCACCAGCACACACUGCCGAGGAAGCUCGCCUGCUUGGAGCGAUGCCGGUUGACCCGAUGGAUGACAUUGAGCUGCGCUCGGUUCAGCUACAGUAUCCCAACCAGCGAGGUUCGAUAGUCGGCUCGUGCGAUCUGCGGCGCGUACCGACGGACAAGGGCGACAUCCUCGUAGCGGUGCAGGGCGAUACAACGAAGCCCGCGAUUGUGACGUACCACGAUCUGGGAUUGAACUAUGCAUCGAGCUUUGCCGGUUUCUUCAAUUUCCCCACGAUGCGUUCGUUGUUGGAUAACUUUUGCGUGUAUCACGUGAAUGCACCUGGACAGGAGGAGGGAGCACCAACGUUCCCGGAAGACUACGUAUAUCCCACGUUCGAUGAUCUGGCAUCGCAGCUGCUGUUUGUGAUGACACACUUUAACUUGAAGUCCAUCAUCGGAUUCGGGGUCGGUGCAGGAGCAAACAUUCUGGCCCGGUUUGCUCUGGCCAAUCCGGAUAAGGUCGGAGCACUCUGCCUUAUCAAUUGCAGUUCAACGGCGGCCGGCUGGAUCGAAUGGGGCUACCAGCUGCUGAAUACGCGUAAUCUCCGCACCAAGGGCAUGACCCAGGGUGUGCUGGAUUAUUUGAUGUGGCAUCAUUUCGGCCGAAAUCCAGAGGAGCGUAAUCUGGAUUUGGUUCAGCUGUACAAGAGCAACUUUGAACGUUCGAUAAAUCCAGUCAACUUGGCCAUGCUGAUUGAUGCAUACAUUAAGCGUACGGAUUUGAACAUUGCCCGAACACCUUCCGGUUCACCACAAACUUCUGCCCCGUCACUGAAGAUGCCCGUGCUAAAUAUUACUGGCGCGUUAUCGCCCCACAUUGAUGAUACAGUAACGUUCAACGGUAGACUAAUCCCGGAGAAGACUAAUUGGAUGAAGAUUUCUGAUUGCGGUUUGGUACUGGAGGAACAACCGGGCAAACUGGCCGAAGCAUUCCGGCUAUUCCUGCAGGGUGAAGGCUACGCACCAACAUUUUCACCGCAUGCUAAAUACCAUACUACCACUGCUACUGCUGCUACUGCUGCUGCUGCUGCAACAACUGCAAUCAACCGCCACAACAACAACAACAACAAUGAACCGGUGUCGUGUCAUAACCACAAUCAAGAGUUCGACAAGCUGAACGGGAACGUGCUGUUGGCGGGCGGCGGUGGCGGUGGCGGUGGUGGCGGUAGCGCAGAUCUGCAAACCGGCGGUCCGGCCGGCAACAAUGGCAACAGCGUCGGCGGCAGCAUCGGCAUCACAGCAACGGCCAACAUUUCCAGCACCGGUAGCGCCUGCAUUGGUGGCAGCGCGAGUGGCGCCAUCUAUGAGAACAGUGCCGCACUGCGGGCGAAGAAUGGUGCGAUUCGAAUAACCGAGAAUCCGCUGCCCGAGAACGUGGCAUGCUAG